AUGAGAUUCAGCACGGUUUCUUUCCUUCUACUGGCCGGCUGUAGUACGGGUAUCCCUCAUGAAAUACGUGGUGGUCAUGAGGUGAACGGUGCCUCUGUAGACCAUCCUGAGAAGCCUCUGGGUAGGGCAGAGAGGAGGUCCACUGACCUCCAAGUUGACGGUUCCCGGGCUCUCACGGUUCGCAGCGAUGCUUACGAAGACCCAAUUGACGGGACAGAAGAGGAGGAUAUUGAUCUCGAGGAACUGGAGGAGAUUGAGAUGGGAAAGGGCUUGAAGGGCCGAGCUAUUGAUCCCGAGACUGAUCCCGAUUCCGCUCACCUCGUGCCACGAGCCAAAGGAGAAAAGGUCUCGCUUGAUCAACUCGCCAACUCACGCUACAAGAAGCCACACGCUGAGAUUGCUCUCAUUCACGCCUACAACAAAUACCGAAAGCCAUUGCCGAAUCAAGAGCUCAAAAAGAUUGCCGCUCAAGAAGAAGCCUUUGUCAAGAACAAGCUUGGUAAGGCGGGUCACAUCCUCUAUAAACCAGACAAGUCGACGAAAUGUAAGCGACUGAAUGGCCAGACCUGGAGCAUCAAGUACGGCGACGGCACAGGUGCUAGCGGAAUCGUGUACCUGGAUACAGUACGAGUUGGAAAGACUUAUGUCAACCAAAUGGCUGUGCAGUCUGCUACUGAAGUGUCUGACGGCAUUGCCUCAGACACAUUUGCCCAUGGCAUCCUGGGUUUAGCCAUGUCGAGCCUCAAUACCGUUCGACCGACUGCUCAAAAGACAUACUUUGAAAGAGUCCAAGGCGCUUUGGAAGUGCCCAUUUUCACUGCCAACUUGAAGAAGGGCUCUGCUGGAAACUACAACUUUGGAUACCUUGACCAAAGCGAGUAUUACGGAUCAGUGGGCUUUGCCGCGGUAAAGAAGGACAGCCCAUGGUGGCAGAUCACGGUUGAGGGCUUCCGUGUCGCUCAGGGUGCACCGUGGCACAAGUACAAGUACUCAGCUAUUGUCGACACGGGCACGACUCUCCUUCUCUUGCCCGACUAUUUGGUCAAGUUCUACUACAAGAAGGUGAAGGGCGCCUACAUCGACAAUGACUAUGGUGUUUGGGUCUUUCCAUGCACAGCCAAACUCCCCAGCUUCUACUUUGGCUUUGGCAAUUACCGUGGCAAGGUCCCCGGUCAUUACAUCAACUAUGGCCGUCUCACCUCGACGGUUUGCUAUGGUGGCAUCCAGACGUCGGAGGGUAUUGGGUUCGCCAUCUUGGGAGACAUUCUCCUCAAGGCCCAGUUUGUCAUUUUCGACCUCAAGGGAAACCGAGUCGGAUUUGCCAACAAAAACACAGUCAAGGCAUGA